ACCAGUCAAGUAAGUGAGGCGUUCUUUGAUGGCGGCGUUGCGCUAACAGAAAACAUUCCUGCCACACCGUGCAGAAAAAAAAACGUGUCAAUCAUGUCGAAAAUGACAAGUGCCGAGUUGUUCACGCUAACUUAUGGGUCACUCGUGUCGCAAAUGCUGAAAGACUAUGAAUGCGUCGAAGACGUGAACAAACAGCUGGACAAGAUGGGCUACAACAUCGGACUCCGACUUGUGGAAGACUUCCUGGCAAGAACCAACGUAGGGCGUUGCUACGACCUCAGGGACACUGCAGAUAAGCUGCAGAUGGCAUUUAGAACGUACUUCGGGGUAAACCCGUCGAUCGUGAACUGGAGUCCCGCGGGGGACGAAUUUUCCAUGGUUUUUGAGACUAACCCGUUGACUGCUUUCAUGGAACUGCCAGAGGGUCUGAGUGGGCUCAAGUACUGCAACAUGAUUCCCGGAAUAAUUCGCGGUGCUCUGGAAAUGGUGCAGACCGAAGUGGUCGUGUGGUUUGUGCAAGAUCAACUGAAAGGUGAUCAGAGCACAGAAUUGAGGGUGAAGUUCGUGCGCCGUCUGGAAGAUGCCAUACCUGCUGGUGAAGACUGAGAGACUGUUUCGUUCCAAAAGACGUGUACUCGGCUGUGUAUAAAAGUAUAGUGACCGCUUCACAACGCA